AUGGUUUCGUCUGAUUUUUCCGUUGAUCGAGCCGGCAACGUCUUCGUCAUUACCCUACACAAAGCUCCAGAGAACCGGCUGAGCUCCGCACUAUGUCAAGAACUGAUUCGAACGUUCUGCCAGAUUCAGGAGCAGCUUGGACCAGAUGCGGAAGGAGCGGUCAUCACGCGAGGCUGUAACACCAAGUUCUUCUCAACGGGGUUGGAUUUGGAUGAACGCGAGACUAAUCCAUUUGCUAGUUCUGAUGGAUUCUAUCCACUUAUUCACACACUGCUCGAUUUUCCUUACCCAACUAUCGCAUGUAUCACGGGCCAUACAUUUGGGGGAGCUUGUGUAUUUGCACUAGCACACGACUACCGCAUAAUGAACUCUCGCAGAGGAUAUUUCUGUAUGCCACCUGUUGAUUUGGGGCUUCAUUUUGACGGCAUGGGCUCCCUCCUCCGGUCAAAAGUGUCUCCGCAAGUGGCGCGCAAGAUUCUUCUAGAGGCAUACCGGUACACUGGCCGGGAGGCUUUAGAAGAUGGCAUUGUCGAUGCAGUAGCGGAACCAGAAGGGCUGGAUAGUUUGGCGAUGCAGUUGGCGACCCGUUGGAAGACAAAAGCUUGUGGAAAUGUGUAUGGCGUUCUGAGAGGGGAGCUGGUGAAACCCGCUGUAAAGAGUUUCAGCGCACUAAGCUACGUUCAUUCUCGUCCCACGUCAAGAACUCCGAAGGUAAAACUUUGA